GUUCGCCGAGGCAGGUAUCCGUCGGGACUGCGCAGCGCCAGUGCCGCAGCCUAUCUCGGGCCGCCCCCGGUGCUUUGAAGGCGGUGGCGGGAACUCGCUGUGGGUCAGGUUCCGCGUCUCCUCACGGUCGCUUGGGAAGUAACCACCAAAUCAGGAAGGAGGCAAGAAAAAACUCGGAGGAAAUGGCUUCUUAGGAGGACGUGAGUGGGUUACUUACAGAACGAGAAAUCUGAAAAGGUGAUCUGUGAAUGAAAUUACAAAGACAAAAAUUCUACUUUAGCUGUACAGCAGUCAAGCAGUUAAAUAACCAUUCUGUUUUUAACCAUCACAUUUAUAAAUUCUCAAGAGUUUAUAAGAGCAUGUUGUCAUCCCAGUGGAAAGAUUUGACCACACCAUUUGCUUCAUAUUCUUUGAGAAAGUUCAUCCUAUAGUCAGAUUUUUUUAACCAAUCAAAAUUAACACAGCAAAAUAAGCCAAGAUGUCAGUCAAUCCAAUGACUUAUGAGGCACAGUUCUUUGGUUUCACACCACAAACUUGCAUGCUUAGGAUCUACAUUGCAUUUCAAGACUACCUAUUUGAAGUGAUGCAGGCUGUCGAACAGGUUAUUCUGAAGAAGCUGGAAAGCCUCCCAGGUUGUGACAUUAGUCCUGUCCAGAUCCGUAAAUGCACAGAGCAGUUUCUUUGCAUCAUGAAAGGACGUUUUGAUAACCUUUUUGGCAAAAUGGAGAAGCUGUUUCUACAGAUGAUUUUGCACAUACCUCCAAACAUCCUGCUUCCGGAAGACAAAUCUCAGGAGAUGCAUCCUUGCAGUGAGGAAGAAUUCCAGCUUCUCCAAAAAGAAAUUGAACAGUUACAGGGGAAGUAUAAGGCUGAAUUAUGUACUAAACAGGCUCUUCUUGCAGAAUUAGAGGAGCAAAAAAUUACUCAGGCCAAACUCAGACAGACAUUGGCUCUGUUUGAUGAGCUUGAGAAUAUUGGCAGAGAUCACGGGACUAGUGAUUUUAGGGAGAGCUUAGUGUUUCUGGCCCAAAACUCCAGAAAACUACAGAAUAUUAGAGACAAUGUGGAAAUGGAAGGCAAAAAACUGAAAAUAUCUUAAUUUGCAGAUAGUAAAACGAGCCUGUCAGAAUGGUAUAGGAUAAACAUCAACAGUGACUCUUAUUCUAGUGAAUUGUGUAUUUUAUUGGUUUUCCUUGUUUACUCAUAUUCCAUAUUUUCUCAUUCAUUCUCAAGUUUCUAAGUUUGAUAUUUCUAAUAACUAAAUAUCAAAGCAUGUUUCUUAGAGGCCUGUAGUAGGUGGGAAGGGAUUCUUGACUCUGUAACAAUUUAUUUAUGGGCAUGAUUGAAGAAGUAAAGCUCUCCCUGGCCAAAGACAUUUGUAAAGUUGUACCUUGAUCAUGAAUCCUUUGUAGCAUUGAUGCUUUUGGCUUAUUCUUUGAAUGAAACCAAAUGUGGAAAAAAGGUUAAAUGGAUAGCUUCUUUAUUAAUCAGCUACUGUGCUGUGUGACAACUGCUUGUUUCUGUCCAGUAGCUUUCUUACACAAGAAAGUUGAUAACUAGUUGAAAGAAGCAUGUAGCCAAAAACCAACCAGGUUCUUUAGUGAUGAGCAAAGAAGUCAUUUUUAUUCUACAGUCCUUCCCAUGACUAAGACUUUGGAGAAUUUAAACAAUUGAGUAUGUUGGAGUAUGGAGUCCAGCAGAAGACUGUGGACAUGAAAACAGAUCUAACUGGAAUAGAAAAGGAACAUACCCAAUAGCUAGGUCUAUAUUAACUGAUUGUUAGGUAUUUAUACCAUUUUGUUUUUCAUACUUCAUUUAGCUUUGGAACUGCUUGUACCUACUAUUUAUUUAUUCACUCUCAUCAACACCAAAUAUUUAAUUCCUUCAGUGGGAAAUUUUAGCUGUGUCUUGUGCUUAAAUUCAAUAGGUUCUAAUAUUUCCUUUUGUUUUUAGUCUGCAAAAAGUGUUAGAUCAUCCAAGGAAAGGGGAGAAAUAGCAAUAGUUACUCAUAGAUAUUGCUUGCCAUCACGUCUUUCUAAAGAAAAGGAUUUGGCGUUUUUCUCUUAUAUAGAGGAGUAACUUUGGGUAUUAAUAUUUGCAAUUAAGUAUUCCUAGGUUUAAGAAGCUCGUAUUUACCUUGAAUGUUUAUUAGAGGUCUUUCACCAACCCUGUCAUUAAAUACAUAUAUUUUAAAAACUUUAAAAAAAUGUUCUGCUGUCAUGCUAUGUUACUUCCUUCAGUAUGACUUUUUACCCAAAUGAAAAAUUUUUUUAGUGUUAAAAAAAAGUGCGUGUUUGUGUGUGUGUCCUGUAUCUCUUUUAUCCAUUCAUUUGUCAUUAGGCUUGGAUUGUUUCCAUAUCUUGGCUAUUGUGAAUAGUGCUUCAGUGAACAUAGGGAUGCAGAUAUCUUUUUGAAUUAGAGUUUUCAUAUUUUUCAGGUCAGUACCCACAAGUGGAUUACUGGGUCAUAUGGCAAUUGUAUUUUUAAUUUUUUGUAGUGCCUCCAUCCUGUUUUCCAUAGAGGCAUACAAAGUGUACAUAUCAAUAGUGUACAAAGGUUCCUUUUUCUCUGUAUCC